GUGAGUUAUAUUUUGGAAAAAGAAGCCAGGAUGUAUCCAGGUUCUGUACGAUGCAACGGCAGCAGCAAUCUACCAGCACAAAACUUUCCUUCUUCUACACCUUAUGUAGAUUACAUAGGAUACCAUCAUCCCCAAAGUAUGGAGAAUCGUGGACAAUCUUCAGGGACAUGGGGGACACAUUACGGGCUGCCCAGGGAGGAUUGGGGUGCUUAUGGCCUAGGAACCUCCAGCACCAUAACUUCCACCCAGAUCAACAGGUCUUCUCCUGGACAAGUCUCCUUCUCUUCUGCUGAUUACAGUUCCCUGAAUCCUGCUGGUUCUCUGACUUUACCUUCUCUGGACACCAUGAAUUCCGAGGCAAAUUCUCCUCCCCUCAACCAGCGGCACGGCUCCUACGAAUGGAUGAGGAAAACAGCCCAAUCUACUUCAACAGGUAAAACAAGAACAAGAGAGAAAUACCGGGUGGUAUACACAGAUCAUCAGAGGUUGGAACUAGAGAAGGAGUUUCACUACAGCAGAUACAUCACUAUCCGAAGGAAGUCUGAACUCGCUGCAAACCUAAGACUUUCUGAGAGACAGGUGAAAAUCUGGUUCCAAAAUCGCAGAGCCAAAGAAAGGAAACUAAUGAAGAAAAAAAUGACCACUUUUGAUGGAGGCAGCCUGGCCUCCAUCCAGAGUGACUCUGGUUCCUUGAGCCCUAUUCCAGUUCAGGACCCACAGACUCACUCAGAAAUGGCGGGCACUUUGUUUCCACCGCCAGCCCCGCUCCCUCCUCCUCCUCCUCUUAUUUCCAUGAAUGGCCUUCAGCACAACGGAACGAUUACAAGAGUUGUGGUCUCUCAGUGAGGACUUUCUACCAAGUCAAGAACACAACAACACAAGGGCCUUUGCAGUGGAGCCAACAGAGCUGUUGGCACUACAAUUCCCACACCUGGCUUCCCCACGGCCCUUUGCAAAAGACAGAGGACUUUCCACCAAAGCUUGGUGACCACAUAGCCAUUUUGGACAAGAGGUCCUGUGAUACCUGGGGGGAGGGUAAACCAAGAGCUCUGGGUUGCAAAGUUAUGCUGGAUGGAGGCAGCAGAACACCUGUCCUGCUUCUGUACUGGUGGUCCUGCACUUUGUUUGACUGGAGACUGGAAGUUUUCACACACCGCCACUUCAACCUCUCUUUUGUAUUUUGUAUUGGGUCACAGGGUGAAGAUACGAUGUCAAAAGAAAUACCACACUAGCAUAACAUAUUGUCAGGGUUGGGCCUACUACAACUCCUGUUUUGCAGAAGAAGAGAGAUGGUGCUGGAAUCUGAUGUGGAAGAAAGCACAAAGCACAACCUGCUGUGAAUCAUAGCUUUUCUAUUUUUAUAUAUAUAUAUAUACCCUAAGAUUCUAGUCUUUAUCACAAAGAAAUAUGUUGGGAGGGAGUGACGUCUGUUUGAAAAACAACUCAUCUAGGGAUUGAGAAGAUGGAGAUGAGGCUCUGGAAUUCUUUAAGCUCCUUGCUUUCACCACCACUGAUAUAAACUAUAAAAGUUAAGAACAUGACGCAAAUGGGCCCAAUUUGCACUAUUUUUUUUAAUCAAUCAUAAUAUUCAGUUUGAUUUGGUGUGGGGCUGGCUCAUCCGAAUGCUGGAUUUUAAUGCUCAAAAAUACACAGAUAUCUGACACCAUUAAACAAAUUUGCUGAUCAACCAGAGUUAUUAUUUUAUGGCUUCUUGAAAAUCACAUUGUUAAAUUGAGAUUCCUAACCCAGAAUGCUUUCCCCUAGAGGUCUUCUGAGACGGAUUCCUGUCUAACUGUAAGAGUAGUACACUUUUCAAGCAUUGCCCAAUUUUUAACAGCAAGUGGGCCACCGAGUUUCAAGACCAUCUCAAGUGUUAAACAAAUCUUCUGGGGAAGACCACAAAUGUUGUUUGACAGAUUGGUGAGCAAUUUUUGCUCUAUGUCUGGAGUACAAAGUACCGUCGCAGAAAGUAGAGAGUUUGAGAUUAUGUGAGAAAUCUCUCCCAAUUUUUUUAUUCAAAAGAGGCACCAUCACCCCGAUUCUUCCUGCGAGUUUUCCAAAGACACCCAAAUUCACGCCAAGUAUCUUUCAGGAAAAUUGGGUAAA